ACAUCCUUCUUGGCACCAAUCACACCAUUAGCCAAUCGUAACCGACAGAAACAAACUUCGAAGUCCGCUCUGCCUUCGCUAAGCAUCGGUGGAGAGCUGCAGAUGCAAUUGAAAGAUGGUGAACCAUAGGAGGACAGGACGCAGGGGUCACGUGGAACCGGACGUGAAGGAGGGGGUCUGCGGUAAAGACGCCCAGUCCUCACAGGUCAAGGAUGCUGACCAGCCCAACGAAGACCAUGAUGAUGAUGAUGAGCUGGAUGAAGAGUCCAGUUCCAGUACUGAGGGAGAGGAUGGCUCACCACCACCAAAGAGACGCAGGCAAAGUGGUCCGCAACCAGCCCAGCCCACCCAGUCAUGGAAGACCGAGGAGGACACUGAUGAGGCUUCACCGGAACUGGCAUUCCACCCUGCAAGGACCCCUGGCGUCCAGAUGAGUUCAGCGGACACCCACACCCCACUGGACCUGUUUAAACUCUUUUUCACAGAGGACGCUGUCAAGACUUUGUGUGACAACACUAACAAACAAGCGGCAAUUAAUGUGACAAAAGGCAUCAAGUAUAACGCCAAGUGGACUGAUGUUGGCGUCAGCGAGUUGUACAAAUACAUAGGACUGAUAUUCUACAUGUCCGUGAUAAAACUGGACCGCAUCCAUGAUUACUGGCGGCAGAAUAACAUUUUCUCCAUACCAUUCCCAGCCACUGUGAUGAGCAGGGAGAGGUGUAGAAAUAUCUCCGGGAAUGUUAAAAUGAGUGAUCCACACAAGGACCAGGAAAAUGACAAGAAGAGGGGAACACCAGAACACGACAGCCUGUUCCAAGUGAAACCUCUGCUGGACACGUUCCGAACCACAUGCAAAGCCUUAUAUCACCCUCACAAGAACCUAGUCAUGCAUGACCGCACUUCAGCAACCAACAACUUCAGGUUAUUUGUGCUUGCUGAUGCAAGCAACGGAUACAUAGUAGAUUUUGCUGUGUUUACAGGAAAGCACAGCCGACACAUGGGGCGAAAAGUUUCGUAUGAUGCUGUGAUGUCACUUGUGGACCAUUCCUUCUUGGGUUCUGGCUAUCAUGUUUACAUGGAUAGCUUCUUCACAAGCCCAAAGCUCUUCAGGGCCUUGCAUGGGCAAAACGUUGGUGCUUGUGGUAUGCACAGUUAUGCAAUAAAGAACUGCCCCCGCAGCACAUCUAACGCGCUGACCAAGAGUUCGGACAGAGGAGCCAUCAGAUGGAUAAGGGACGGUCCUCUGCUGUUUGUGAAGUGGAUGGAUGCAGAAGAAGUGUCUGUCUGCUCCACGAUACACACAGCUUACACUGGGGACAUAGUGCAGCGGGCCGUGAAGCCAAGAAACGGUGCCUCCACAACCGAGACUUACCCAUGCCCCUCACCUGUUGUGGACUACAACAAGUACAUGGACGGCGUUGAUGUGUCAGACCCACUGAAUCAGUACUUCGCAACACUGCACAAGACCAUGGAUUGGAACAGGAAGUUGUUUUUUCAUUUCCUGGACAUGGCUGCCAGGAACGCAUGCAUCAUCUACAACGAGCUGGUUGCUCAACGGCAGCAAACACCGCUGACCUACAAGGCCUUCAUGAAGGAGCUGACUGCGCAGCUGUGUGAGGUGUCAAACAAGGGGACUCAUCACAAACAGGUUAGCAGUGACCACGUGCCUGUUCCGGUGGCAAAGCUGUGUCCCGAUGCCAGGCGUCAACCUAAACAGGUUCGUCACACCUGUGUGCUGUGCAGGAAGAGCAAAGGCAAGAGACACCACACGGCAUGGAGGUGCAAGGGCUGUGAUGUUUCCCUCUGCCUGCUGUUGGGCAGGAACUGUUUUGAGGAAUGGCACAAAGCCACUUGAACUAUUUCCCCAUGACUACUUGUGACCUUGAACUAUUUCCCCAUGACUACUUGUGACCUUGAACUAUUUCACCAUGACUACUUGUGACCUUUAAUGCAUGCACUUCCUCCUGUUGUGUUUAUGUGCUAUAGUAUUUGUUUUUGUUGACUUGUGCAUGUGUGUGCAUAAUUGGUAAGCUUUUUAUAUAUAAAGUUUGAAAACUAUUUUUGGUGUUAUUUCAAUACAUUUUUAGUUUAAAAACUAGCACCAGAGAGCAUGAGAGUUCUGGUGCGCAUGUGAAUGUACCUAGUGCACACACUAAACUCGAAAACAAUAUUUCAUGUGCAUGUCCCUAGGCACUUCAGCAGCAACACACUCUUUAAAGCCUCUAUAACAAUAUGCCACUCAGCAUUAGUAUUGCCCUUCCACUGCAGUGAAUGUAUUACUGUCUGAAGAGGAAUGUGCUCCACUACAGGACACUGUACACAUACUCUAUGUGCUAGUGUUGCACGGUGCACCGAUACUACAAAAGAAUCGUGAUACCCUGAAAUUAAAAAUGUCACAAUACCUAAUUUUAUUAACAUCGAUACUUUUAAGAAUGGCCCUGUUCUUUUGAAGUAACGUACGUGUGCGCAAGGCAUGCUUCUAGUGCCUCCCCUAGCCUGCGCGUCUUUUCUCCUCACACACAUGUUAUUAGCUGUCGUGCCAUAAUAAACAGCAAGACAUGGCUGCUAGUUUAAAUGAUGCUGUGGCUGCACGGCAGCAACAACACAUAACAAUCUAAUAUCAAGUUGUACACAUACUCUGGUGCACCUAAAACGUGCUGUAUUUGCACACUGACGUGGCCUACUGGUUAGUGCUUCGGACUUGUAACCGGAGGGUCGGGGUUCAAACGCCGACUGCUCACUGCGCCGGGA